AUGAAUCUGCUGGUGGUGGACAUCCUCAAGUUCUACGCGGGGCGGCUUCGCCCGGACUACAUCUCCCGCCUUGAGCGGCUGGGCUACAGGCCGCAGGAUGGCAACCCGGACCCUCAGGAUAACCCGAAGUGGUAUUGCGAUUUGAUGCGGACAGAGGAGGAUCUGCGGCAAGGCCGGCUGUCUUUUCCUUCUGGGCAUAGCGGGGCCUACUUCGCGAUCUUUACCGUCCUGACGGGCUUCGCCUUCACCCAUCUUCGGCCCUUCGCGCGGCAGGGGAGUUUUCUUCGCCUGUUCCUCGCGCUCACCCCGCUCACGGUGGCUUUCCUCUGCGCCGUGAGUCGGACGCGAAACAACAAACACCAUUUCUCCGACAUCGUGGCGGGCGCGGGGAUGGGGAUGGGGGCCGCGAUCCUCGCGCUUUGCACGACGUUCCGGGUCGCCGGGGGGCCGUUGACGAUCUAUCUCGCGCGCAGUGAGGUGGAUGUGGAGUACCUCGUACGAUAUCGCCCCGAGCUGCUCAACCGGGGGGGAAUCCACUCGAACGCCUCUCUGUCGUCGAUGAGGGUGAGAAAGGUGGACAGUACCCAACGUCCGUGA